GGGGCACCAUGAACCUCAAUACGGCCAACAUUAACCUACAAUGGAACCCGAAGAGCCUGGAGAUUCGGACCCUGGCCGUGGAGCGCCUGCUGGAGCCUCUGGUCAGUCAGGUCACCACCCUGGUGAAUACCAGUAACAAAGGGCCCUCGGGGAAGAAGAAGGGCCGCUCCAAGCGGGCCCGGGUCCUGGCCGCCUCCGUGGAACAAGCUACCCAGACCUUCCUGGAGAAAGGUGACAAGAUCGCUCGGGAGAGCCAAUUCCUGCGGGACGAGCUGACCGCCGCCGUGGACGAGGUCCGCACUCAGGGCGAGCAGAUGAGGGCGGCCUCCGGGGACUUCGCCGAUGACCCGUGCUCCUCGGUAAAGAGGGGGAACGUGGUCCGGGCCGCCCGAAGCCUCCUGUCCGCCGUCACCCGGCUCCUCAUCCUGGCGGACAUGGCCGAUGUGCUGAAACUGCUGCUGCAGCUGAAGGCGGUAGAGGAGGGGAUCGUGAGGGUGAGGAAUGCUGGCACCGAGCAGGAUCUGGACAUACAAUACAAGGCGCUGAGAGCCGAGCUGGGGAAACUACAUGCGAUGAGUGCUAAACGACAACAGGAGCUGAAGGACCCCGGACACCGGGAUCAGAUGGCCGCGGCCCGGGGAGUCCUGCUGAAGAGCACCCCCAUUUUGUACACAGCCUCCCAGGCCUGUCUGCAGCACCCCGAUGUGGCGGCCUAUAGAGCCAACAGAGACCUGAUCUACAAGCAGCUCCAACAGGCUGUCAAUAGCAUCUCCAAUGCAGCCCAGGCCACCCCGUCCGAGGAGGGGGCAGCACAGGGGGGAGAGCUGGCCGUCGCCCUCAACAACUUCGAUAAACAGAUCAUUGUGGAGCCUAUAAGUUUCACAGAAGAAAAAAUCCGGCCCUCUCUAGAGGAGAGACUAGAGAGCAUUAUUAGCGGUGCCGCCUUAAUGGCCGACUCCACCUGCACCCGCGAUGACCGCCGCGAACGCAUUGUGGCCGAAUGUAACCUGGUGCGCCAAGCCUUGCAGGAUCUCCUCUCGGAAUACAUGACCAACGCCGGGCGCAAGGAAAGGAGCGACGUGCUCAACGCUGCCAUAGAUAAAAUGACCAGGAAGACCAGAGACCUGCGCAGACAUCUGUGUAAAGCGGUGAUGGACCAUGUCUCCGACUCCUUCUUAGAGACCAACGUGCCCCUCCUAGUUCUGAUCGAGGCCGCCAAGAACGGUAACGAGAAGGAAGUUAAGGAAUACGCCCAAGUUUUUCGUGAGCACGCCACAAAGUUAAUCGAAGUGGCAAACCUGGCGUGCUCCAUCUCAAACAAUGAGGAUGGAGUUAAAAUCGUCCGAAUAUCUGCAAACCAGCUUGAAGCGCUUUGCCCACAGGUCAUAAAUGCAGCGUUGGCCUUGGCAGCCAAGCCACACAGUAAAGUGGCUUUGGACAAUAUGGACAUUUUCAAAGAGCAGUGGGAGAAGCAGGUUUGUAUCCUGACCGAUGCCGUCGAUGACAUUACAUCCAUCGAUGACUUUUUGUCUGUCUCAGAAAAUCACAUCUUAGAAGACGUCAACAAAUGCGUUAUAGCUUUGCAGGAAAGAGAUAUAGACGGACUGGAUCGCACUGCGGGAGUCAUACGUGGCCGUGCUGCCAGAGUCAUACAUGUUGUCAUUUCAGAGAUGGAAAACUACGAGGCCGGCAUUUACACAGAAAGAGUUAUGGAAGCCACUAAACUCUUAUCAGACACGGUUAUGCCGCGCUUUAGCGAGCAAGUCGAAUCUGUCGUUAAUGUUCUCAGCCGAGACACCAAUCACCCUAUAGAUGAGAACGAGUUUAUCGAUGCCUCUAGACUUGUGUACGACGGCAUUCGGGACAUCCGGAAAGCUGUUUUAAUGAUCCGAACGCCUGAAGAGCUGGACGAUUCUGACUUUGAGGCGGACGACAUCGAUGUGAGAAGCCACACCAGUAUUCAGACUGAAGAUGACCAGCUCAUCGCAGGGCAUAGUGCUAGAGCAAUCAUGGCUCAGCUUCCACAGGAACAAAAGGCAAAGAUUGCAGAGCAAGUUGCAAGUUUCCAAGAAGAAAAAAGUAAGCUGGAUGCCGAGGUAUCCAAGUGGGACGACAGUGGCAACGACAUCAUUGUUCUGGCCAAGCAGAUGUGUAUGAUCAUGAUGGAGAUGACCGAUUUUACAAGAGGAAAGGGACAUCUUAAAAAUGCUUCCGAUGUCAUCAGCGCUGCAAAGAAGAUUGCAGAGGCUGGAUCGCGAAUGGACAAAUUGGGCCGUACCAUUGCCGACCACUGCCCUGACUCUUCCUGCAAACAAGAUCUCUUGGCAUAUCUGCAGCGUAUUGCCUUAUACUGCCACCAGUUAAACAUCUGCAGCAAAGUCAAAGCAGAAGUUCAGAAUCUUGGGGGUGAGUUAGUUGUCUCUGGAGCCGACAGUGCCAUGUCCCUGAUACAAGCUGCUAAGAACUUGAUGAAUGCCGUGGUGCAAACUGUUAAAGCUUCCUACGUGGCUUCUACAAAGUAUCAAAAGUCCCAGGGAAUGGCAGCAUUAAACAUGCCUGCAGUUUCCUGGAAAAUGAAGGCCCCGGAGAAGAAGCCCCUGGUCAAGAGAGAAAAGCAAGACGAGACCCAAACAAAAAUUAAGAGAGCUUCUCAGAAGAAACAUGUCAAUGUCGUGCAGGCCCUUAGUGAAUUUAAAGCCAUGGAGAGUAUUUAGGCUAAUGGGCACAGUUAGUACUUUAUGCAUUUUUACUGCUUUCACAUAUAUUCUAAAUAAUGCUUUUG